AUGUCGGCUGUGUUUGCCGUUCUGUGCGCGCUUUUGGCCCCGGUCGCAGCGGAUCCUCACGCGCUGAACUGCAGCCAGGUGAAAGACGCGUUUACCGACCUGGGUUACAGUCUUGCAAAUGUUCCCACCGAGGAAACGGCAGGAGACGAUCUGCGGGUUUGCGCUCCUCAGAGAACGUGCUGUAACGCAGAAAUGGAGGAGAACUUCAGCCAGAGAAGCUCACGGGACUUUGAGAAGCUCAUGGACGACACGAGCGAAGAGCUGAGGGACGCGUUUAUGACCGGACAUAAAAGGUUUGAUGAGUUCUUCUUGGAGUUGCUGGAGAACACCGAGCGCUCUCUGAACGAGAUGUUUCUGCGCACGUACGGGAAGCCCUACUUGCAGAACGCCGAGGUCUUCCAGGGCCUGUUCACCGAACUGAAGCGAUACUACACAGGCGGCAACGUCAAUCUGGAGGAGAUGCUGAACGAUUUCUGGAUGCGUCUGCUGGAGCGCAUGUUCCAGCUCCUGAAUUCCCAGUAUCUCAUCACCGAGGACUAUCUGGAAUGCAUCGGCAAGUACAUGGAGCAGCUUAAGCCCUUUGGAGACGUUCCCAAGAAGCUGAAGUCUCAGGUUACACGAGCGUUCAUCGCUGCCCGCACCUUCGUCCAGGGCCUCAUGGUUGGACGGGAAGUGGCUAACAGGGUUUCUAAGGUCACCAUGAGCUCUGCGUGCAUCAGCGGCUUCACUAAAAUGCUCUACUGCUCGUACUGUCAGGGUUUGUUCACGCUGAAGCCCUGCAACAACUACUGUCUGAAUGUGAUGAAGGGCUGCCUGGCCAAUCAGGCCGAUCUGGACCCGGAGUGGAGCAAAUACAUCGAAGAAGCGGGUCAGGCUGGUGGUGCUUUGCACACCAUGGUGGUGUUGCAAGCCUAUCAGGCUGACUUGCUGAAGGAUUUGGACAAGGGCAGAGGUAUGUCGCCUGAGGUGGUCGAAGAGCUGUGCUGCACCACAAGCAAACUGCUGCUGCCAUUGGGGGUUUUCCAAGGUUGUGGACAGCCGAAGCCUUCAGGAAUGAGCAGGUCAGCCCGCGGCGUCUCCGACACGUUCAGCGGCCGCUUCAGUCCCUACAACCCCGAGGAGCUUCCGACCGCCACGGACGCCACUCGCCUCGACCGCCUGAGGAUUGUGUGGAAAGUCAUGCAACACAGUGUGACUGAUGUCAAGGAGAAGCUGAAGAAGUUCAGGAAGUUCUGGUCUUCACUUCCUGAGGCCUUCUGUCAGGAGGAGCAUGUGGCGGCUGCAGAGAGCGCUGUGGACGACUGCUGGAACGGACACGACAAGGGCAGAUACGUCCCUGAGGUGCUGAAAGACGGACUGACCAAUCAAGCGAAGAACCCAGAGGUGGGCGUGGACAUUUCCAGACCGGACACUCUGAUUCGACAGCAGAUCAUGGCUCUCAAGGUGAUGACCAACAAACUCAAGAACGCUUAUGACGGCAAUGACAUCUACUUUCAGGACUCAAAUGACGAGAGCAGUGCUUCUGGCAGCGGCAGCGGCUGCACUGAGACGUGUGUCACUGAAUCAGACUCCUUCAUCACUGACGCUCCAGUUCAAGAAGCAGAGAAAACAGAUGAAACAUCUCCUGCUUCCAUCAUCCAGCCCAACCUGCUGCUGCUGCUGCUGCUGCUGGUCUUCGCUGCGCUGGCCUUGAAAGAGCACUGGAGAUAGUGACCGCUGAGCUCCGCACAGACUGCUUGUGUUUUAUAUCAGACUGAACCACUGAUCUCAGCCGUCUGAAGACUUUGAGGCCGUUCUUCCUGAUUCAAAGACCACCGAGCGGCAGGUUUUGCAUGAUGGAAGUUCUUCAAAAGGGUCGUAAGCAUUACACAUCUGAUAUAUGAAAGAUGUCAAGUU